GGUUCGCUCCGAGAGUUCGAGUCCAAAAGCAAAAAACAAGCGGCGGAGAAGCUUGUCCUUGAUUUUCUAAAGGUAGAAUUUGGUGAAUUGAACGCUCUGGAAUUCUCCGAUCUACUUUGGGCGAGAUGGCAUCCGCGGAACAGGUCGGCCUCAACAAAACCUGGGAAUUGUCACUGUACGAAUUGCACCGCACUCCACAGGACGCGAUCACCGACAACACGGAAAUCGCAGUCAGUCCUCGGAGCCUUCACAGCGAGCUUAUGUGCCCUAUUUGCUUGGAUAUGUUAAAGAAAACCAUGACCACCAAGGAGUGUCUUCAUCGCUUCUGCUCCGAUUGUAUUAUCACAGCUUUGAGAAGCGGGAACAAGGAAUGUCCAACAUGCAGGAAGAAAUUGGUCUCCAAACGAUCUCUCAGACCAGAUCCAAAUUUUGAUUUGUUGAUUUCGAAGAUCUAUCCGAGCAGAGAUGAAUAUGAGGCCCAUCAGGAACGAGUGUUGGCCAAAUUAAAUAAAUCACAUUCACAAGCUGCGCUUGUUAAUUCUAUUACGGAAGGUAUAAAGUUACAAAGUCAAAAUCGUCCUCAACGUUCGAGGAAGAAUGCCAACGAAUCUGAAAACGCGAGUAAUGCAACGUUAUACAACAAUACGCCAAAUAUUAGUGCACCUACAACGCCAAAUCCAUCCACAAAUGUAGCGAAUCAGAGCGAUUCUUCUCAAAGCGCGACAGGACCUUUGAAUAGCGGAGGUAUGACUAAUCUUCAAAAUCUCAGCAUUUCUCAACCCGCAACUAGUCCAACAUUCUCCGGUGAGAUCGCAAUUUGUAAACUUGUGAAGCUACCUUUGUUACAUCUUAUUUUUACAUGUUUUUGUCUAGGGACAACAUCUAGAAACUCCACCACGCCGUCGCCAAACCCUGCAAAUCAAAUUCCGAAAGUGCCGAAGAGACAGAAAAGCUUUCAAAAUUCGGAGAAUGACUCUUCUAGUGCUGAAGCCGAGACUGGUGGUGGUGAUUCCAUGGUGGACACAGAAGGCGAAGGUCCUAGUGAACCUUUAAUGCUCAACGAAAUUGAACUUGUUUUCAAGCCACAUCCUACGGAGAUGGCUGGGGACAAUUCUUUAAUAAAAGCCUUGAAAGAAAAUAGUAUUCGGUACAUAAAAACAACAGCAAAUGCCACAGUGGAUCAUUUAAGCAAAUAUUUGGCGAUGCGUUUGACAUUGGAUCUGGAUACUGAAUUAUCGGAAUCGGAUAGGCUAUUAAAUUUUUGCAUUUAUAUUGCUCCCUCGCUGGGGCAGCUUGUGGUACUAAGUGGCUCGCAGACCUUACGACAAGUGAACGAUAAAUUCUGGCGUGUCAAUCGACCUUUGGAAAUGUAUUAUUCGUGGAAAAAGACCUAGGGAAGGCCUCGAAAAUAUCAAUCUGAUGGGAACUAAUUGCGCUUUGUUCCAAAGAUGAGAAUGAAUUAUCUUUAUUACAUGAAGUACAGUGGAAUGUAUUAAAAAUAUAUACAGUGAAAUGUAUGAAAAAAAUAUAUAUCA